UAAUUGUCUUAACCGCAAAUUGUCUAGACAAUCUCUAUCGACGUUGUAAGUCUACCUUUAACAUUAAGAAAUCGGCAGUGUCAUGUGACGAAAGGGCGGGGCCAUCUGUCAGAGGUUUUUUUUUAGACGUCACAUAGUGGGCGGCACCUCGGGGUUUAUUUUUUUAUACUUUUUUUUUUUGUUUUACUUUUUUUUUUACAUCAGCGGGUGGUAUUAAACAGAAUUACGCUUUUAGAGGUUAUCGAUCUGUGGUUUGGCCAAGAAAUAGUAUUGAUCUAACCACGUGACGUUAAUUUACGCCCAUUCAGGCUGGAUAGGCUUAAUACACGUGUUUGCUGGAUUCAGAGCCACAAAUUCACCACCGCAAGAAAUCAACACGGCUCGGCACCAUUCAUUCAAGUUUAAGGGCUGCCUGGGGUCACAUUGCGCAUGUUCAGCAAGACGGGACCAUUAGAGGGGAAAAAAGAAAGGAUCGAAUAUUGAAGAAUUGUUAUCGAGUUGGCGUGCCCAUAGAUUCUUCGGUUCCAGCCAGUUGCCCGCCCACUUAACGGAACUGUUGUGCCGGAGGAAAGACCAAAACUUUGGAGAGUGGUCGUACGUCUGCUAACUGUCGGUGAGUGCCGGAUUUGAAUAAUACAGAGAGAUCCCAAGCAUCCUCGAGGUUGUAAAGGUUUUCGGUGGAAAAUCAAUUUGAACUGGAGGAUUUGAUUUCGAAACAUUUACUUAAAAUGAAUAAUGUAUUGUUUGUGAUAAUUCGUAUUCAUAAAUAGGAUCACUCUUGGGACUGGAGUGAGAUAUAACUGUGAUAGAAAAAAAGAAGAAGAAAAAAAAAGAAACAACAACUUUAGACAAAAGUUUACUUCGCAAUCGUCUUCAGAUUAAAAGAUAUCCACGAUGGGAUUCGUUCCAGAAAUCAACGAAAGGACUGCUAUUAUGUGGGAUACUUUUAACAAGAAGAUCCACGAGCCGAAGUCUCAGCGGAAGCUCGUGUUAGUGACCGUGUGCAUCGCGCUACUACUGGACAACAUGCUGUACAUGGUGAUCGUCCCCAUUAUCCCCAACUACCUCCGCGAUUUGGGUUCUCACCACGCCGUCGCCAGCUACAGCGUCAACAGCACCAACUACACGUGGAUACCGUACAGCACGCCGGCUCCAAUGGCGAACGGUUCGGCGUAUAACUACACGGAUUACCACGAACGUCAAGGCUUCAGGAUCCCACUGCCUCCUCCCCCGGUCUCGUACGGGAACGAAGGGGGAGCCGUGGGCGUGUUGUUCGCGUCCAAGGCCAUCAUCCAGCUGUGUGUGAACCCUUUCACGGGAACCCUGAUCGAUCGGAUCGGUUACGACGUGCCCAUGAUGAUCGGGCUCAUCAUCAUGUUCAUGUCGACGUCGGUGUUCGCGUUCGGAGAGAGCUACGCCGUGCUGUUUCUCGCCAGAAGUCUUCAAGGACUCGGAUCUGCCUUCGCCGACGUCGCGGGACUUGCGAUGAUCGCCGAUCGCUUCACGGAAGAAAACGAACGCUCGAAAGCGCUGGGCAUAGCCAUAGCGUUCAUUUCGUUUGGAUGUCUGUUCGCGCCACCAUUCGGAGGAAUUCUGUAUCAGUUCGCUGGGAAGCUGGUUCCCUUCCUGAUCCUGGCUCUGGCCUGUCUCAUAGACGGGAUGCUCCUGCUGAUGGUGAUGAAACCCGUGAGGCUGGAGCGAUCGUUGAUACCGAAGGAGGAGCGUGUUAAAGGAACGCCUAUCUACCGACUGCUGAUGGACCCGUACAUCCUCUGCACUGCCGUUGCUCUGGCCAUGGCCAACGUCUCUCUGGCUUUCCUGGAACCGACCAUCUCGUUGUGGAUGAAGGACACGAUGGCAGCAGACGAGUGGGAGAUCGGCUUCGUCUGGCUGCCGGCGUUCAUCCCGCACGUCUGCGGCGUCUACCUGACCGUCAAGCUGGCCAAGAACUACCCGUCGUACCAGUGGCUCAUGGCCAUGAUCGGGAUCGCCAUGGAGGGAUCCUUCUGCUUGAUCUGCCCCUUCUCCCAGUCGUUCGGCAUCGUCAUCAUCCCCAUCAUGGGCAUCUGUUUCGGAAUCGCCCUCGUGGACACGGCGCUGCUGCCGCUGCUGGGCCACCUCGUCGACGUGAGGCACGUGUCCGUGUACGGCAGCGUCUACGCCAUCGCCGACAUAUCGUAUUCCGUGGCGUACGCGUUUGGACCCAUCGUGGCCGGAUCCGUCGUUCAGUCCAUCGGAUUCACCUGGCUUAAUGUGUUGAUAUUCUUAAGCAAUAUUGUGUACGCCCCGGCGCUGUUGUUUCUAAGAAAUAUCUACAAGUACAAGCAGUUCGAAAACGAGGAGUGUGACGUAGUUUACGACGAUCCGCCCAACAAACAAUACAACACGUACAUGCAAAACGGAGGCGUCAACGGUAAACCUUGCCAUGUAGAGGAUUCCAUGAAAAACCAUCUAGAAACCAAACAGCGACUCACCAGUGGGGAAAUAGACUGCUACCCUCCGACGGAUAACUUAGACUUUCUGUACAAAAAUCAAAACUCGUUUUAUCAACAAUAAAAGCGUUGUGAUUGAAUAAUACGCCGCAGUGAUUUUUUGGCGACGGAAACAUAUUUUAGUCAUGCACACUUUGAUCUUUAACUAACUAGUACUGAGACCAAAUAACAAAGUGAGCAAGAAGAUUGUGGAUUCAGAAUGUAUUUUUUCUGGGACUUUGUUUUAGAUGUUUUGACAUUUAUUAGAGUAUACAUCGAUUCCCCCCUCCCCAUGUUCAAUUUACAUCUAAAGAUUUAAAUAGUUGUUUAACAUAAAACAAUUACUAGGUUUCCUAUAAAUGUAUAAGUCUACAGAAUGAGAGAGGGAGAGAGAGAGAGAGAGAGAGAGAGAGAGAGAGAGAGAGAGAGAGAGAGAGAGAGAGAGAGAGAGAGAGAGAGAGAGAGAGAGAGAGAGAGAGAGUGUGUGUGUGUGUUAAAUGCUGGUUUCAUUUGGAAAUACCGCACGUCGAGAAUCCUAUAUAUGUAUAUAUGUUUGAAUGACCGAGGCUCGUAUAAUACAGUUUUUAUUCUAAUAUAUGAUAUUGACGAUACCGAAACACACUGGUUAACUCCCAAAAAACCAGCAACAACAAACCCCUCCCUAAAAAAAACCUCACACAAACCUCAUCUAAAACAAUAAAAAGAAAAAUACAAAAAAUAAAUUAACAAUAAACACAUGAAAAUACGGGGAUAGGCCUUUAUCCUCAAUGUAGGAUGAAAGUGUAGGCUUUUUUUUAAAUCAAGUAUUUACACAUAAAAAAUACAAUCAGAAAACCCAAUACUGUAAUGUAAUGGUGAGAUUGUUGUCAGGUGCGUUAUUAAUUUUAUAAAGUGGAGAGGCCAUAGCGUUAUAAAUGCUAUAUUGUAGAGGCGUGAAAAAAAAUAGUGCCAAAUAUAUAUAUUACAUAAUUGUUGAACACCACCCUCCAACAUACGGGAUAUCCCGAAACAGCCAACUAACGAAUCAAUAAAACUAAAGUCUUCAGUACUGAAAUUCAGAUCUGUAUCAAACGUCAACAGCGCUACAACCAAAAACAGAAUUCUAUAUUUAAAUACAAUAUUACUUGAUGUUAUGAGUUCAUGUACAUAUUUUCAUUACGUCACUACUGUGGACUAGUAACAAGAAUGGUACCGGUGCAUACAACUACCACGAAGUGAACUGUUCACCAUAGUAGACACGUCAUCGUUGUUGUAUCAUCAUAUUCUUGACGUCAUAUUAAUAUUUAAAUCGAAUGACCGUACACAGUUCAUUUUGUCUUGGGUAGAUCUUCCUGCGCAUCUGACAAGCGUGCUUCACCAUUUGAUGGAUGUAAGCGUGUGAUGUUUGAAUGGUAUUUAAUUAAGAUAAAUUAUGCUGUACGUAGUUUAUUCCCAGAGAAUAUAUCUGUAUAGUACAUAAUUGUUUAUGUUAUUUAUAAUAUGUUGUUUAAUUUAUGUGAUAAAAAUACUGUAAAUAUUACAAAAAUGACUACGCUUUAUUAUAUAUUAAUUAUUGAGUUACACGUUAAAAUAUAUCGUUUGAAAGCAUGUUAUAGUAUGUGAUAGACAAGCAUUGUUUAACUUGAAACAUUUAUUUUACAGUCCUUUAUUAAAGCUGCAAUCUCGUCUUUAUUUAUUAUUAUUAUUUAAAUUUUAAUAAUUUAAUCAUGCACAUUAUAUUUUAUCCUAUAACAUAUCAUUCUUCGAUACACAGGCGUCAGAAGAUAUAGGUAAUUUUUUAUAUAUAUUUUUAAUAUGAUGACAGAAUGGUUUGUCUCAUGCAGGCAGGUGACUAUAUACACUGAUAACAAAAACACAUGAAGUCUAUUAAAACUGCAGUUGUGUUUGUAUUUUGCAUUAUUAAAAUAUGUUGUAAGAUAGAAGUGCGAGAUUACAGCUUUAACGAAAUAUGAUUGCCCCUCCGUCCACGCUGUUGUUGGCGGUUAAAUCGACUGUAGGACACUAACAGACAUGAAAGCAGUAGUAUAAUUAGUACUAUUUUGAUUUGUCAAUAUGUUUCGCUGAAAGCCACUUAAAAAAAUUAUUUGAUGUUGGUCCCAGCUAGCCUCACGAAACAAAGGACCCGCCCCCGAAUUGUUUUUGUAUUUAUUUAAAAAAAAAAAGAAGUUCUAACGACAUCCAAUUUCGACCCGUAGCGCGUUUGUCGGCCAUUCUAGGUGGGAGAGUUUACAUAUUAAAUGGCAGUUAUGAUUAAGUGUCAGGUGCUGCCACCUAGAACAUGUCCCAGUUAGUCCCGAUUAUCUGUGAUAUAUUCUCCAUUAUGCCAAAACCACGGGUGUUGAUAAUGGGGGGCGGGGGGGGGGGGGGGGGGGGGACAUUCUUAAAGUUCUUUGACUUGAGUACUAAAAUGUUCUAACAAAGAGAAGAAAAAAAAAGACACCCCUCCCUCCACCCCGAAUUUGGAGAUAACAAGGACGACCACCAACUUUAAAAAAAAAAUAAACUAAACCAAUCUAAAUUUUAUAUUUGGUGCUACUGCUGUCGAAUAAUUUCCAGUAUCACUUGUGUUCAUUUAAGUAAGGCCAGUAUAUGUUAAGUUUAAUUUCAUCCAGUGUACAGUUUUGUUGUAAAUAAGUUUUGAUUGGUCAAGUUCAUCACAUUUAGAGAAAAAACAAUCAGUUUCAUUGCAUAACUAUCCGAAUGAAUGGAUAUACUUUUUUUUAUUCCCUUAAGAGCAUACAUGCAAUCAUAAAGGUAAUACGGUAAUACGUACUGCUCUAAACCUAUCUCUACCAAGGUUAGAGUUCGUGUCUAUGGCAAGCGUGUUUGAGUCUUUGUCAGUAUAAACACAUCGAUUGUAUGGUUGUAUGGUGGUAUGGUUGAUUGUUUGGUAAGACCACUGUUUUGACUAAAACAUUGCGAGUUGUAAAACAUUUAAACACCGGCUGUGGUGAUUUGGUUGGGUGAUUGUGUGGUAAUCCUAGGCCAAUAUUUUGACUAAAACAUCUAAUAUUGCGAGUUGUAAAACAUUUAAACACCGCCUGUGGUGAUUUGGUUGGGUGAUUGUGUGGUAAGCCUAGGCCAAUAUUUUGACUAAAACAUCUAAUAUUGCGAGUUGUAAAAUAUUUAAACACCGGCUGCGGUGGUGUGGUUGGUUAAUUGUUUGGUAAGUUUAGACCAAUGUUUUUACUAAAACAUGUAAUAUUGCGAGUUGUAAAACAUUUUAACACCGGCUGCGGUGGUGUGGUUGGUUAAUUGUUUGGUAAGGUGAAUAUAUACACUUACAUUACAAAGACACAUUAGUAUGUUUUACUUGAGUUAAGAUAAAGUUGAAAAAUCAUGGGUUGAGGAGUACCCGACAAUGUAUUAAGUGAUUAUAUACUCUUAGAAAUAAAUUUCAUGUGAAGAAAUUGCCAUCUUUAAUACAAGAAACUAAGUUUUAGUCAGAAAUAUCAUAUUGUAAGACGAACAUCAUUGUUAAAAGCUGUGAUGGAAAGGACACCUUGUUACAAUACACGACUAAUGCAUGUUGAGAAGGGCGAGCGAUCGCGGUAGAUCGCCUGAUUUUAAAAAUUUAUUUAGAUGAAUUUGGUGUGCUAGAAGACGAUGGUACAAGUCAAAUUAUUCGCGAGCGCUCGGCCUUCUGAACACGCCCCUGAUAACGUUAACAGUUGCAGGUUCCGUAAUUACUGUGAAACCUUGAACGGCUUCCACACGUCAGUGGAAUAUAUAAUGCGGAUUUCCUAAUUUGUAGCGCUGUCUUCAUUAAAUUUACAUACCUAUUAAAUGCGCUAUCAGCGCGUACUCAGUAACUAGGAUCCGCGCAUUUAACUAUCAUGUCAGAUGGGUCGAGUUCAGACAGAUAGAAAAGGAGGGUGGGAAUGUUCGCCAACCUAGUUUAUGCGUUUCACGUUAAAUCGAAUGUGGAGCAAUCAAGUUGUUCGCGAACGUUAGCGUGUUGUUUGUUUUUACUUAACGCAGAGCUGAUCGGAAAGAAAAAAAAAGGUUUUGCGAAAGCUAAUACAAGAAUGGAACGGUUCUGAAUAAUCGUAAAGUUCCGCAACCAACCCAUUCAUAAAACCAACCGUGCUUCGCUAAUUGUUUAGUUAUUUACUUAAUGCGCCAAAUAGAAAACAAAAAAUACAUUGUAAAUUUUAAAACAUCGCUUUGUACACUGGAAACGUGUCAUUUGUAGAUAUACUGCGUGUUCGUAGAGGUGUGAAUGAGAGGGUUGACCCCCCAUUAUUUCUGUUUUUGAAUGAGUAUGAUAUAAUCAAUAUUAAUUAAAACUGACGGUUUAUAUAACAAUGAUCUAUUACAAAUUGCGAAAGCUGGGUGCAUUUCUAGACUGUAUUUGAAAUCACCAGGGCUGUACCCUGAUCAAAAUCCUAGGGGUGUGGGGCAUUACUUUUUAUAAACAAAAUGAAACACUAUAUAAAUUAAACCCUGAAAUAUGUAUACUAUUUUCUGGAGUUGAGAUUCUCAGGGGGAUAACUGCACCCCUCCUGCCCCCCGGAGGGUACGGCCAUGAUCACUCAGUUGCAAAGUAUUGUAAUUUGUUUUUAAGUGAAGCUGGGUAGUAUGUUACAGAGUGUGUGGAGCAUGGAUAGUUUAGUUUAAGUGUAGUUUUCCUGUCGUGAAACUGAGCUAGUUCUCCCGUUCAAAGACGUAGUUCUGUAUUUCAGAAACGCGUAAACUUCACAUUCAGCAUUUAUGAAGUUCAGUAUAACAUUAUAUGAAAGUGGCUGUGACAUGUUGUAGAUAAUUGUACUCAUGAUAUUAUUUAUAGUCAUGUCAUAUUAUUAUUUAUACAGUUCAUAUUGGUAUUCAUAUUCAUAUUCAUGUUCAUAAUGAUAUUAUUAUUGUUCAUGCCAUUAUUCAUAUAAUCAUCAUAAUCAUCAUCAUUAUUAUUCAUAUUCUUCUUAUUAUUCAUAUUAUUAUUCAUGUUAUUAUUCAUAUUCAUAUUAUUAUUCAUAUAGUUAUUCAGUGUUCAUAAUAAUAUUAUUCAUAUUAUGACAAUUUAUCAUUCUGACAGUUGUCCCAGAAACAAUUUUUACAUUCUACUAGCAAUCCCAUCAAAGACGUUAUUUUACAUUCUAUAUUCUAUCAGUAGCUCAAACAAAACAUGGUAUGUAGUGUAACACCCCAACCCUUCCCCAUCAUCUUUCAUUCUCACUGCUGUUUAGGGUCUGUUCCAGAAAUGGUCAUCCAGGAGGGGUAGGAUACAUGUUUCCCCGAUGUCCCCGUUGGUCAAGGGAUUAAGACCGAAAACUACCAAACCAUCGGACUUAAGGCUGGUAAGUUCUGGGUUCCCAUCCCGGUGAAAGGCCACCAACUCCCUGUCCUGGCCAGAAAACGCAAAUAGCUGCGUUCUGUGCCCAAGGCAGCGUGCUUAAACCUUGAUUGGGUAUAAGCACGGAAAUAGAUUUAAAACAAGAAUACCCCCCAGACCCCACCCCACCCUUAUGAUCCAGGAUCCAGGAUCGUACAUAGACAAAAAUAACUAGCAUGAGGGUCAAUAAAUCAAGAAUACGUGCACAGUAAUAAAGGGUCUCCUCAUGUUUUAUAGGGGUGUGGUCAACUACUCCCUUGCACCCUGUUAGAUUCGGCCCUGUGAUCAUGUCUGGAACCCUCACUGGAGUAGAAAACUGACAAACGAAGUUUAGCGCUCAACUGGUGAUUUCUGAUUUGCUAACGCUCGCUAGUAUAAGCUGAACAUUUGUACAUGGAUCUAGUUAUUAUUGAAAUCAUGUGACUUGGGAAAUCAAUGUUAUGAAUACUUAAAACACUUGUUAUCAUCAUUGGUUCUAUUAAAUAACUCUAGUUCGCUUA